UUUUACCACACGGCGAUUCGGUUCGGAAACGCGAUCGGAGUCGGCGUCGCCUUCAACUGUUUUCGUGGGCUAGGUGGUCAAUAGAAUGAUCAAGUCCUCGCGCCACCUUGGAGAGUGAAGUUGAGGUGCUUUUGUGAGGUUCCAAAUAUUGUUUUCGAGUUCCGAACAAUCUGUUGGUGGGACUAGCUCGUGACAUACCAGGUCCAGCUCUAAAAUUUAAAAUAGUCGUGAAUUUUUAAGAUGAGACACCGGAGUUGGAGGAUAAGCGGCUUCUGCUGCACUCUGUGUACAAUCGUCGUGCUGCUGGCAUCAACAAUCUAUCGUGCCGAGUACGCAGCAUGCAGCUCCGUUUUGGUGGCCGACUUCCGGAUGACACGAAUGGUUGAGCUGAGCAGUCGUCCUCCGUACUGCAAAGUACACUCUGAUCGGGGUGACAUCCAGCGAAUGCUGUUGGCGUCCGAUUCCAAGAAGAUGCGCCAGGUGCCGAGAGAAUCGGUGGUUGCUCUCGAGGAAGUAUGCAGCGAAGCGAGCGGCAUCUCAGGCGAACUGCAAGGCGGUCUGGGGUUCAUCUAUCCUGGUACUAAGUGGUGCGGACCAGGAAGCAUUGCAGCCAAUUAUUCGGACGUGGGGCGAUACGCAGCAGAGGAUCAGUGUUGCAGGGAGCAUGAUCUUUGUCCCAACAUACUGCUGCCGGGCGAGUGUAGGCGCGGUCUGUGCAAUCGUGGACCCUUCACUCGCUCUCAUUGCGAUUGUGAUGCUCGGUUUAGAAGAUGCUUGCAGAACUUAAAUACUGAAACGGCCAACACGCUCGGUGCGAUUUUUUUCAACGUCGUCCAAGUGACAUGCUUCGGAGAGAAACCGCCGUGCUCGAUUUGGCAGAGAGUGGGAUUCAACCAGACGGAGGCCGACGAGCUGUGUUCGAGAUGGAAGUAUCGGCCCAGUGAGAAGUAUGUCCCAAUCAUGCAGCAAAAGUCCAACAAGUAGAACCCUCUUGGCCACUCAGGAAUUGUACCUUGGUUUGGUGAGCAUUUAAGUAGCAUUACUGGAACAAUGUACGAGGAGCACUACUGAACAUGUACACUGAAAGUGAAACCAAAGACAGUUUUGAUCGAUAGCUCACUUACGGUUCCACAAAGCAGGAGCGAAGGGCUCCGAGCGUAGAAUAGCUGGAAAAAUGUGUACUGCUAUUGAAAGGGAAAAUAAAUUAAGGCUCGUCUGUGAGCCAUAUAAUAAAAUUCCAUUUAUUUCAAUAGAU